AUGGAUGUGGAUAUUAUCGUCAAUAUGGAGCUUUUUUUACGAGAUCUUCACGGAAAUACUGCCGAAUUACAUGGUAAACAAUACCAUGGAAACAGCACGUCGUCGGCAUUCGUUGGGUAUCGAGGUCAAGGUUUUUUAUCGACUAGUAAAGAUCGAACUGUUGGUCUGACUUUUGCUUACGCGAAAGCACUCCUGUGUUUGCUCGAAGCCGUCAGUAUAACUGAAUUGAAUCUUCCACCAGAUCAUGAUCAUUUGGCACUGGAAUAUGAAAACACUGCCUUCAUCUAUGAUAAAACUAGCAGGACAUCUGAAGCACUUAUGUACUUUAAAAAUUCAUUAAAUGUUCGUCAGAAACGCCUUUCAUCAGACGAUCCGAAACUGAUAGAUUCUUAUGGCAAUAUUGGCUGGAUGUUUUCUGGUCUGUCAGAAAAUGUACAAGCUCUUCCAUCAUGUGAAAAAGUAUACGAUAUCUAUAAGUCGAUGAACCCUUCAGAUAAUCCUUUUGCUGAUGUCCAAGAAUUUUUUUUGCAUUUCUCAAAAGACAAUGUUAACAAAUGA